GAGGAUUAUUUUGUUAGAGAACUUCAUAUUUUUUAUGAAUUAUCUCUAGAAGAUAAUUCUUGCUCCAUAGAGUUAUUUUUAAAAAAUCAUUUACUUUGGUGGUCAGACUCCUGAAGUUUGAGAGCCGAGCACUUGUUUUGUAACAGUUAUUUGCUGAGUAUCUGCCUUGUCCAGCUGGUAAGUUCUUACCCUGUACUCUUUCUUGGCCCAUUAUUUACUGGAGAGGGAGAGGAGGAGACAUCAGAAAUGCAGAUCUGCAGUUGGCAUCCUGUGGCUGGUAUUUCCAAAAUGUGAUGUGGUAGUUCCUUUUACUCCCCAUAGCUUUUUCUGACUGUUUUUUAAAAGCAUAAUUCUUAGUGGAAUUGUGUUUGGAUUGCUGACUGUAAAUACCAAAGUCUACCUGAGUGUGCAAAAUUGAGCUGUUUGAUAUGAAUAGUUCUAGGGAAGUCAUUCAACAAAGUAGACUUUCUUAAAGUGGUAUAAUAAAAUUUCAGCCAAAACUCUUCCUUUAGUAACUCUACAGGGACAUUAUUUUACCAAGCAAAAACCCCAAAGCCUCAAGCUGUGUAAAGUCCUGAGGGAGGAGGUGUAAGAGAUAAUUACAUUCAUAAAAUGUGACACACUGGGAUUUAGUCACCUUUCAUUUGCUUUAUUCUAGGAGGGGAAGUGCAACUAAAUGUCUUUUUCUUCAGUAUUACUGGUGUUUUUCAGUAUCACAUUGAGUAAUGAGAAUUGCCUAAUGAGGUUCAGCUACAGAACUGAUCUCUGGGUGGAAACCAAGAUGUUUAUUAAUAAAGCUUGGACUAUCAGAUUCUGGCUGUUUAUUAGUUACUGAUUAACAGAAGGAGCUGUGAUAGCUUCAGGUUAAGCCACAAGACACCAAUCAAAUGCAAACUGUAAGUGAAAGCAGGAAGCAUGGAAAGUGUUUUUCACUUAACUCCUAAGGAAUUAUUUGCAUCCUUGUUAACACUGGAUGAGAGAGAUGGUGUGGAAAUGUGCUUAAGCCACUAAAACACAUUUGUCUUUAUUCCAGUAAAUGAGAAAUUGCAAAUACAAGACCUACUUCAUUGAACUUGUGCUUCCCAGAGCUGUAGCCUGUCACAGGUCCCAGUAGUGAGGACAGAUGAGUCAGUCUUAAGGACACAGAAUGCAUUUGCAUGGUUACCACUAUCAAAACAGGUUACAGAAUUCCAAGUCUGGUUGUCCCAAUGUUAUAAAUGAUUAAGCAGGUUUUUUGGUUGAGAUGAAGAUCAGUUUUUCUGCAUUAUGACAGAUCAGACACUGCGUGAUUUCCACAGACAUUGUGAGUUCAUAAUGAAAUGAAAAUAUCUGUGAAUCAAUGUACUAAAGUGUUUGGGUUUUUUUCCCUGCACUUAUUUUGAAAUGGUUUCUGGCCCUGCCAGCUGUUGUUUGGGAUGUGCCAUCCAAGUAAGAGGGAAGGAAUUGAUUAGGCAGGAGGCGAUGAAACUGGAUACAUCUCUGUAUUUCUUUUUUUCUGCAGAAGAAAACCUAAACCUGCUUUCACCAGUGUUGUUUAAAAUUUCAAGCCCAGAACAUAGUUCACAUGAAUCAUGUGGUGUCAUCAUGCAGCAUUUCCCUAGGAAAAGAUCAGGUACCUCCUCUUCGUCAUCCCCUCAGUCUCCCUCAUAAGUUGCUUUUUUUAGUGCUUCUUAACUUUGUACGUCAAACCUGAGCUCUGUCUUUGGUCUUCUACUGCCUUUGGUCUUCUACUAAGUGUUAUUUCUCCCAAUUAUAACUUACUAAUUUUGUUAAUCAGAGUUAAGAAUUAAAUACUAUUUUUAAUCCUGGACAGCAUUGAGGACCAUAAAAUGCUGUUAAGAACAGUGAGUGUUCCAGAUACCAGGAGUACAAAUAUUAAUAGUCUGGCAGCUUACCAAGUUUCUGUGGUUUGUUUUGUCUUGGAACAAACAACUUAGGAAUAUUUAAUGGAAAAAAAUACCAUGCUAAUAAAGCAAAUCUUUAGACUGAGGUCAGAGUUGCUUUAUUUGGAGAAGUGGAGCAAAAUGUGUGUGGCCACGUGAGCAGGUGUAGUGAUGGGAGGUUGGAGGGGUGGAGUCUCUGCUGUGGAGGUGCUCCAGGCUCCAGCUCCUGGUUCUCAGCAUGACCAAAGAAGUGUUUCAGGGUCAGUGAACUUGCUGGAGCAAGAGGUGACCCAGGGGUUCUGGUUUUCAGCAAAAUGAAUAAGUGAUUUUACUAGCACAGCAGGUGGAGUGUAUUGACAGUAGUUUAUUGGUGGAGUUGACUUCUUUAGCAAAUAGAAAAUUCUGAUGUAUUAAGGAUAUUGUUAAGGAAUGGCAUACAGUUGAUUAACAGCAGAGUUCAGGGAUAUUUAGAUUCAGAGUUGUUAUAACCUGCGUGAGACUGCAGUAGGUAGGAAAUCUGUCUGUGAACCCACACACAGUGUCCUGGAGGUGGUACAGGUUUUGUUGUACAGAGUCAGAGGAAAGGCACGAGUGUAAGAAACUCUGGAAGAGAGCAGUUGUUUAUUUUGCAUGAGCCUCUCAGCUGGGGACCAUUUAAACUGUGAAAAUUUGGUGUGUAACUCAGGGGAAUGAAGUUAGAAUAAAGCUCAAUUUGUUUAAGUUCACCAAGGAACUGUGGACUGAGGCUUAAGGUAAAAGUGCCUUUUUUUUUUGUAGCUUUCUGAAACAGUGGAGGAUAAAGACUGUUUCCUGUCAUCUUAGAAAACUAACAAAGAUCUCUGCUCUUCAGGACAGAGCAAUUCCAAAGAAGGAAAAAUGGUGCAGUAAGUUAGGAAAUGCAUAUGACAGAGGUAUCUUGAGUCUUUGCCAAGUACUGAUUCAGAGCCUGUUCCUGAGAUAGUUUUACCUCUGAUUGUGUUACAAACAAGAAACUAAAUUAGAAACUGUAAAAAAAAUGUGGUUUUUAAUUGCCUAGAAGAUUUGUCCACACAGUUUAGCAGGGACUAUCGUAAGAUUAGAAGAUGAGCAUUAGAAUUUACUUUUUUUUUAUAGUGUCAGGUCUUGACAUCCAAUGAAAGGUUUUCAAAAAGGCACUUUUAAAACAAACCUUUUAUUUAGCUGAAUGAUCACAAUUACUAUUUCUAACACAAAGAGGAAUGUUUUGAAAAUGGUACCUCAAAACAGUGUACAGCGGGCUGAGUGGAAAUUGAGCAAGAAGCCUAAUUUAGAGAAAUACUAAUAGCUGCAUUCUGAAAUACAGCCUGAGUGUUCUGAUGGGGAAAAGUGUCCCACAGUGUUAGGAUUACUCAUGAGUCUGGUCAUGUCCAGAUCUAUUUCUCUUUCAUUGUUGCUCACACCCAUUUUAAGAAGAUUGGGAGUCUCAUCCAGAAUAUUUGGCUUACAUUUCUUGGCGCUGAGCGAAUUCCAAACGUGGCAGCUGUGGUGCUGUUGCUUACAACAGUGGCAGGGCAGGCUCUGGCACACAGUUACUUAGCAACAGGGAAGCUCACGUUUGCUUACAGCUCCUGCGUGUGCAUCUAAAUGUAGUUCUGGAAAAAAAUAAAAGGUUAAAGGACUUUGGAAGGGGAAAGAGAUACUUGAACAAUUUGUACUGUUCAGUGGUUGAGACUGAUGGCAAUAGUACGUAGGAAAAUUGGUCUCAAAAUAUUCUUUUAAAAAUCUUUAUUAGACUGUUAAUAUAUUGCAAAAAUUUGAAAUCCAAAUGAACAGAACCCUACUCCUACCAACUACAGAAAGAUCAAAAAUAAAAAUACAGCACAUGGUAAAGAGCAGGGGGAUGUUCUGUUUUGAAUGUCUGUUACAAAUGCAUUCUUUGGAAACAAGAAAUUUCAUUAUUUGAACAUCGGGAAUCUGAGGAAGUCAUAAAAAUUAUGUUUUGUGAGACUAACAGAUGGGUUGAGACUAUAUUAGAUUAAUUACUACUGAUUGUUGAUUGUUGCUUGUCAGUUCACCAGUGCUUUUUUUUGCUGAUCAAGCUGUGAAAUCUUAAUGGGUUUUUGACAGCUUGCACUCUGUGACUGCAGUAAUACUCAAAGCACAGUGACUUAAAAGGCCACUGUCAGGCUGUUCUUGGGUUGUGUUAUGAUUCCAGUAACCUCAGUUUCUGGGGUUUCAGGAAUGCAGUUUUCCUUAUUAGCCAGCGCUGGAGCUGCCGUGGGGUUUCCUUAUAAAGCAAAGGCAGGAGGUGAUUGCAGCUCCCUCAGACAUCAGGGGAGGCAGGGACCAGAGAGAGCGAGCCAGGAGUGGAGAGGGUAGGGAAAAGGCAAGCUGGGUUUGUCUAGAGAAUGGAGAAAGGUCUGAUGGUGGGAAUUAACAAUGAGUGGGGUCAGGCUGUUGGGGAGAGUGCCAUGGAAACCUGCAGGAUGUCACUGCAGGCAGCAGUGCAGUGCUUCAGCCUCUGGGAUCUGGGAGGAGGAGCAGGGCACUUUGGAGAGCAGGGAGGGUGACUGAAGGGUGCUGCACUUGCAGAGGAGUCAGGAUACUGCUAUUCCAGCUGCUCUCAGAGCUGAGCAGUUCCUUUACACCUAGAAAUUAAGUGGUUGGAAAAAGGAAUUCUCCAGAGUCUGUGUUCUUUUGUUCCUGUGCUUCGUUGUCCCCAUCUGUACCCUUACUUAUGAAUUUACUGGGCUUUUGUGUGGGCAACAGAUUCAGACAUCAUAUGGAAGGUGAACAAGAUCCACCACCACUGGGAGUGGGAUCAAGAGUGUUAAUCCUUGCUUUUCAGAGCUGAGUCAAAAUGGGGAAACAUCUUCUGAAGAAGGUUUUUGAGGACUAGAAUGAACCUGGUUAGAAGACAGUGAUUUAAAAUACAGGGGAAGAAAGUCAUCAAUCCAGGCUUCCAAAGUUAAAGUCCAGCUAAAAUAUUUACCUUUGAAUUUAAUAUUCACUCUAGAGGAUUCUAUAAUUCUGAUUUCCACAUGUAUAUUCAUGUGCUUCAUGUGUACUUUAUGGGGCUUACCCACUUAAAUGAUGUCUCCUCCUGGACCAUUCAAUGAGAGGCUGUAAUUACCACCUCUGUGGCUGCCUCACAGUGGGCAAGAGGAUAUGUGUUGAUUCUUUAUAAAAAUGACAGGAUAGUGCAUCUGCAGAAUAGAGCUUGAUAAAAAUCUCUCAUCCCAUGCAAGUGCCAGCCUACUCAUCCUGGGCUGGGAAACGAGCCUGCUCUGCUCCUCUCCCUGCUGAAGGCUUUUUAGAAGGCAGGUAGAAGAAUGAUGUCAAAUACUUUUGUUUCCAGUUACCUCUCCAUGUUUUAAACUAACAGGCUGUUGAACGUGAAAUCUGUGCUGCAGCAACUUUUGCCUUCUUUAAAGGUAAAAAUAAGCAAAGUUUGUUUUUCCUUUUGCUGUUAAUUCCUUCAGCAGUGGAGACUAGAAGGAUGACCUGUGUAACAAGGCUUGGGGUUUCACAGAAGGAGGAGACUGCUACCCAAAAAUUGGCCCCCAUCCUUACAGAGAAGGCUUCAAUCUCUUCUCCUUUGGACCUUUUUUCUGACCAUCAAAGCCAGGUUUGCUGUGUAAUGUGGUAGCUCUAAAUGCAAAAUCAUCUACAUCACCCACCCAUGUUUGCCAGGAGACAAAGUACAUGUAGAGUCACUUUGUCUCUUAAUUUGGUUUCUUUAUGGUGGUUGUUAUUUUCAAGUCUUCCCUUGGUAAGUUGCCUUUUGUGAGUUUAUUCAGCUGUAGGCAUUAUAUGCACUUGCUUUGGCAGCUGGAACAAAAGCAGAAUAUUGACAGAAUUAAAAUUUGCUGGCAGUUGUAUUUGUGCUUUGCAGGCAGGAUUCGUUGUAGUACAAAUCUUUGUGGGCUAAUGAAGUUAAAGCAGGGCUUUAGAUAGUAUUCUUUUCAACAAAAGCAGCUUGCCUAAAGCUGUCUCUGCUAGUGUUUUCGUUCAGAAACAAUGACAGUGAAUGCUGCAGGUUUAAAAAUGGAAUAUAAUUUAUGAGGCAUCAAGCCUUGGGCAUGAGUCCUUGUGUAACUGGAAUUUAAAAUCCAAAAUGAAUAUUAAUGAGGUGGGGAGGGUUGCAGACCUGUCCUUUAAUACUAAUCCAUUGUGAGUGGAGCAGCUCUAGCAAUGAGCUGAUACUGGCACAGAGACAACCAGGAAUUGACUGCUCUUAGAAAAUGCCUCAUCAGUCAAAGUCUUCACAGGCUCCUGAAUACUUGUCCUGAUCAGACACAGAAGGGCACCUGAACAUUUCUGGUGUCAGUGCCCUGCCUGCUGAUCCUGUGUGCCUUUCCCUGGGGACACUCCUGUGCUGGCUUUCAGCUCCAGCCCGUGGUGUGGAUGGCAGCGUAAUGGAAGGGUAAGUUAGCAGUGCCUGUGGAGGAGAGCUGGGAACCUUCAGGUUUGGGGCAUAGUCUGGUGGCUUAGACUGGGUGACAGCAGUGUUAGAAGCUCCCUGCCCCUGAUUAUUGAUGACAAAAAGGUUCUGAAAUACUUAAGUGAUUUCAUAACUCUUAAGUGUGUGCAAAAGAAAUGUGCCAAGUGACUAAAACUUCCCCUCAUUUUCAGGAAAGAAGGUACUUUGUAUUAACCAUUUGAUCUGAGUAAUGUUGUUCAGAUUAUAAAUUCCCUGCAAAUGGGAUGUUUGUGGACCAGUGCACCUCCUCCUAAUUCACAGAGGCUGAUGCUGAGAGAUGAGAGAGGUCACCUCAAAAAAUGCUGACCCCCUUCAUUUUACUCUGUGGUUAAGGCAGGAAUUGGCAAAUCUGUCAGCAGCUGGCUGGAGAAGCCAGUUAUAAUAAACCUCUUUAUCUCUUCCCUUGUCUUGGUCUGUGCUCCAAAUGCACUGAUGUGCUGAUGACUUCCCUAGUUUGAGAGAGGAGUUCUGGGGUGUAAGUAUAGCAGAUUUGAAGAGUUCCUCCAAAAGUUGAAGUACUAACCUUGAUCUCGAUUUCAUUUGUUGGGUGUUAUGUGCAUGAGUUUUGGUAAAGUUCUGCAUUUAUUCUAUAAGUAAAUGGUGUCUUGUGACACCUACAAAUCCUAUACUCAAAGUGAUCACUUUCCUUGCCUCUAGCUCAAGUGCAAGGCACCAAGAUCUGUAUUUCCUGAUAUGUAAAAUCCAUUAGACUUUACCCAGGUACUAAAGAUAACAUAGUCCUGUGUCCAGUGUCACAGAAAUAAAUUUAACUUUGUGAAAAAUUGAGUGUUUCCUUGUUGAGGAUUGAAAGUUAUGUAGUUGCUACUAAAUUGUUGCCUUUUAAUACUCACAGAAUCACACAGUCCAGAACUGACAUUGUGAGACUUGAAGUUAUACUGAGGGAGAGAGAAGCUCCAAAUUAAUUAUUUUUCAGAACCUAAAUGGAAAAAAAAAGCAGUCAUUGAAACUCAUCAUAAUAAUAAUUAUAUUCUUAAUAUCAAUUAAUGCAAAUACUGCAGGAAGGUGUUGUUUUACACUAUGGUUCUGUAUUUAGAUCUGCUAAUGGAAGGUUGCAGGCUGAGCAUUGCUCAUUCCAGAGCUCUUGCCAAAGUUUCUAAAGGAUUCUCUUUGUCAUGCAAGCUUUCCCCUGUGGCACAGUGCUUGCAUGCUGUCCAUGCCUCUGCUGCCACAUGAAGUAAUAGUGUCUCUUUACUAAAUCUAGAGUAACUGCAUGGUUAUUUGUGCUAUUGGAAGAAGUCACAAAUAUAUACAAAUACUUCUUUCCCUCCCUUGGGUCUAAGAUCAUUGUUAAGCCCUGCACCUCUUGAGCAGUUCAAAUAUUUGUUUACUUAGGUACUGGAAUGGGGGUCUUUAAUUCCCACAUGGUAGUAAAAAAGCUGAAGUUCAAGAGCUUGGUGCCCAUGGGGAUGGUCUCCUGUUCCUCUGAGAGUGGCUGGGGGCUGUUCCCAGUGCCAGGAAUGCUGCUGGAGCUGCUACCACAGGGCCAGCAUCCCUGCCCUGUCCAUGUGGAAUGGCUCAGCAGGGCAGGGCUUUCAGCUCAAAGGACACCAGUAUCUGUGCCACUGCAUCUUGGGGCAGUUUGAACCUAGAAUUUAUGGUUUACUCCUGCCCUUUAAAAGGGCAGAAUGGCAAUAAUAGAUCUUAAAGCUCUGAAAAUAUUCUGUGAGCUAGGAAAGGUUUAACUCUGUUUUACAGGUGGAAAAGCCAAGGCACAGAGAUUGAGUUAGGAAUUACACAGGAGUCUGGCAGUUGAGACUGGUCUCAUCUCUGGAGGUUUCAGUCCAGCAUCUGAGGCAGCCUCAGGUUGCCUAUAUCCCUUUAGCAGGAUGUUACACUACUAACUCUCUAGAGCUGUGCUCAAGUCACCCAGGCAACCCCUGUUCUGUAUUUGUUUGUUAAAUAGCCUGAAAAACAUUCCCUGUCAGGCAGUAAAGCAAGCAUGGCCAUCUCCUCCCUGGCUUUUGCCCUGCAAGAGUUCCUCACUCACCUGAUUCUGGUUUUGUCUGUACUUACAUUGGUUUCAUUUCAUUUUUUAACAGCAUAUUUGUUAUUUUGCUGUACAAACCCAGCUGGAAACACACCACUUGCUUUUGCUGUGAGAGGGGCAGCCAGCUCUGUACCCCCACGUCUGGACCUGACAUCUCUUAGAUCAUAAUGCUAAAGCUUGUUGGCUGGGUCAAAGAGGAAAGCAAAGAUUAAAGCUGAAAGCAGAUUUGCUUCUACUUCUCUAGAACUAAUUUCCUUCUUACGUCAUCCAGCAUCUUGGUAUCUAUUCUGUUUGUGUAUUUGUCCUCCAUGGACACAAACUUACAGGCCAAAGAUAAGUCUGAGGAGAGUGGUGCAAAACCUAAGCAUGUGCUUAGUAACAGAGGAACCCAGACUGAAAGCAAGAAGCCUCUGGAAGAGACAAAAAGCGUGAAAAAGCUGGAUGAAAACAAGGGAGCAUGUGAGAAGGUGAACACUUCCAGUGCUGUAGCCCACAAAGCUGACUCCAAACCCCAGCUUAAAGACAGGACAGCACAGCAGCAAGGGGCAGAAGGUGCUGGCAAAACACAGAGCUCUACGAGCUGUCCACAGCAAAAGGACAUCGGUGUCAAAGCUGUGACUCAACACAACGGUCUUCCCUUUGUACAUCAAGAUCAUGCAGGCAACCAAAAUGCUCCUGCUAAAGCACAGCACGUGGACAGAGCCCCGGGCCUUGCUGAGGGCCACAGGCAGCUUGUUCAUCAGAAACCUGGGAAGAAUGAAAACAAAGCUGCAGCAGCAGCAUCCCGGGAAGCCGUGCCCUCCACAUCCCGGGCCAUAUCCGACACGGGCUGUGAAGUGACACACACCAGGAUAUCCAUCAGUGUACACAUGACUGACAUGAAAGAAAAGAUUGAGAUGGCCAAGGAGGGAAAUGUAAGUGACAGCAGAGGUAAAAGUUCCAAAGUGAAAUCCACACCAGCAGACUUGAAAGGAGUCAAACAGCUGCCUGACAAAAUAAAACUUCAACAGAGUCCUAAAAACAUCAGCUCCAAGCCAGAUUCAGAAGUUAAAGGGGACAGUAAGCAAAAUGAACUUUCAUCUCAAACAGGGAAGCAAAAGCCCUUCCUGAGCAAACCCAAACCAGGUGAAAAAGCUGAAGAGAAAUCAGAAUUAAAAUGUGAGCCCAUAACCUCACAAAAUACCUCUGCAAAGGAGCCUGUGAAAGAUGCAGGGGUGAAAGUGAAAAUCCAUCAAGAAACAGCAAAAGCAGAAAAAUCCCCAGCAGAUACAAAGUCUGAGAGGAGGGAAGCUGAGACUGCAGGGGGAAGCAAACACAGUGCUCAGCAGUGUACAGGAGAGGCACCAGAGAAGACCAAGUCUCUGGCAGCUGGCAGAGCUCUUCCCACUCAAGGAGAAAUCAUUGAUGACAGCCCCUCUCCCCCAGCGCCGUUCGAGCACCGCAUGGUGAGCGUCAGGCAAGCGGAGGUGACCUCGAGCUACUCGGUGUGCCGGCACGAGGUGCUGGGGGGGGGGCGUUUUGGGCAAGUCCACAAGUGCACGGAAAUAUCGACGGGGCUCAACCUGGCAGCCAAAAUCAUAAAAGUGAAAGGAGCCAAAGAGAAGGAGGAAGUAAAAAAUGAAAUUAACAUCAUGAACCAGUUAAAUCACGUGAAUCUGAUCCAGCUUUAUGAUGCUUUUGAAGCCAAAAAUAAUAUCACUUUGAUAAUGGAAUACCUUGAUGGUGGGGAAUUGUUUGACCGGAUCACAGAUGAAAAUUACCAUCUGACAGAGCUGGAUGCCAUCCUGUUCACCAAACAGAUUUGUGAAGGAGUCCACUACUUGCACCAGCAUUACAUUCUCCACUUAGACCUGAAGCCUGAAAACAUCCUAUGUGUAAAUCACACAGGAAACCAGAUUAAAAUUAUUGACUUUGGAUUAGCAAGGAGGUACAAACCCUGUGAGAAGCUGAAGGUGAAUUUUGGGACUCCGGAGUUCCUGGCUCCCGAGGUGGUGAACUACGACUUUGUUUCCUUCCCCACGGACAUGUGGAGCGUGGGAGUCAUCACAUACAUGCUGCUUAGUGGCCUGUCCCCAUUCCUGGGAGAGACUGAUGCAGAGACAAUGAAUUAUGUAGUCAACUGCAGCUGGGAUUUUGAUGCAGAAGCAUUUGAACAGCUCUCAGAGGAUGCCAAAGACUUUAUUUCCAGACUGCUUGUGAAGGAGAAAAGCUGCCGGAUGAGCGCCACGCAGUGCCUGAAGCACCCGUGGCUCAGCGACCUCCCUGCCAAGGCGCAGAAGUGCCGGCGGCGCCUGAAGUCCCAGCUGCUGCUGCAGAGCUACAUGGCCCACAGGAAAUGGAAGAAACACUUUUAUGUGGUGGCUGCUGCUAACAGGCUGAAGAGAUUUCAGAGUAUGUCUGGCAAGCUUGCGUGAGCUUGUGUGAAACCUCCACUCCUGGAGAUGGACAUGAGGCCAUGGAAGGAGGACUCGGUGUCUCCAAACAUUUCUAUCCAUGUUUUAUAAGGUUUUGGGACUGACUCCCUCAAUUAUUUUGUGUGUUAGUGCUGUGGUUCCAGAAGAACCUUAAGUAAGGAACAUAAGAUUUCUAAAAGCAGAAGCUACUUUGUUUGUUUUUACAAGUUUUUAGUUGUUCUAUACAGUGGUGGAAAAACGUGGCUGUUACUGGGGCUGACUUCUUGCUGAAGGCUUUGAUUCUGCAGAGUAUUGGUGUGUUUAUAGCAGAAAACCCCUGGCAUUUCUGGUCUCCCACACCAAGCAUGGGAUCUGUUGAGACUUUCUUUCCUGACUGAUGUUUGUGUGUUACCAGCUUUAGAGAACUGCCACACAGUGGCACAACUUGUCCCUCAGGUGUUUGUUACUUAAAAGAUACAGACAUUGUUUUCUUCUAUAUUUCUUUCCAAAAGUAAUUUCCCCACAACAUGAAGAUGCUUCAGUGCAACUCCAGCUUGGAUGGUUUUGGUUUGUUGUUUUGGUUUUUUUAUUACUCUCUUCUCUCCUUUAAAAAAUAGUCACUGCAUAGUUAGGAACUAUGAGGAACCCUGGUUUGAGGUAACUUAAGUCAGUCCAUUGCUGGUGUUUCUUAGGGCAAGUUGAAUUGAGCUGAACUGAUUGAACUUCUGGAAGGAGAUGUGUGACACUGCCAUGCAUACAAAUCACCUAAUGACUGUUGGGUCUAUGCAAAAAGAUCUCAUGUUGUAGAGAAAAGAGGAGAGUUCCAGGGAUUUUAUGUUUCUAAAACUUGUAAGUGCUUUUCAUUGUCCAUGACUGCAGCACUUGAGUUGCCAAGUUUUAGUUUGAGCAUUUGUUUCUCCUCUCUGGAAAUGUUACUGCAGUAUGAGGAGCUGGUGUGGUGUGACAUGCAAAACAGGUUUCAUUUCUAAUAGGUUCAGUGACAGGGAAACUGUGUUGCCAGACUCUGCCUUUAGUCCAGUUAGGAGGUUGAAGCCCUUUUUCCCCCCUCAGUUACCUCUUUAACAUUAAACCUUUUCUUCACAAUAUUAACUUAUUUUGGAUUUUAAACUCUUUUCUUAUGGAUAGAGUGGGAGCCACAAUCUCUCAGAUAAAAGUACAAUAUUAUUUAUUAAACCUGUGGUUUCCUGUUCUGGAUUCUGCAAAACUCAGUGUGAACUGGAUGGGCUCUUAGGAAAAAUGGAAACUAGUUACUAAAAACAGCUUUCCAGCAAAGGCACCUGUAAAGUUCCUUUGAACUUCAUGGACUUUCACACCCCUUGCAUUUGCAGAAGUGAUGGUUGCUAAUGAUGAGGUUUGUAAGACUGCCUUACACUGAUCUAGCUAUCUUCCACUCAAGUGCUGCUCACUUUGCACAGUCCUGACUUUUUUUGCAGCAUUUCCAGAAUUGGGACAGAGAAGAAUCUUGAUCAUUUAUCACCUUCUAUGAAGGCCCACUUUUGUUCAUGUUUUCCUUCCACAGUGUUUCUGCAUGCUGAAUGUCAUUGUAUUCAUUGGUCUGUAUAUUUCUGAAUUAAUACUAAUAAAUUUCAUGAAAGUGGAAA